AUGCCAACAUUCAACUCCUUUUUACAAGUCGUUCAGCACGGUGAUAGAUACCCAUACGGCUCAUUGGAACAUUUCGAACUCGGCAUUCCUGUUCCCAUUGUACUAUUCGAUCGUGUCAUUGGCAAUGUGCUCCCCGACCUCUUCCCUCGUCUAAAGUCAUACAACGACGCAUGCUCACCAGCACCAUUCAUCAUUUCCAACAAUCGAAUCGAAUUCCAAUCAUGGGUUGACUCUUUUGAAAAACGUACCGAGGUGAUCAAAACGAUGAUGGAUUCAUGGAGACCCCACGUCAAAGCAUUGGCAGGCUGGCGAAAUGAGCUCUAUCCUGUGUAUGGCGAUCCUUCUAGGGAUGACAACAUUGCAUUUGUGAUGGAACGUGCAGCUACUCCACUCCUUGGUAUCUCUACAUUUGGUGUCCAUGUCAACGCUUAUGCACGUGAUGAGGAACAUGGAUUGCGUAUGUGGGUCGCUCGUCGUGCAUUGACAAAACAAACAUGGCCUGGUUUAUUGGAUAAUUGUGUGGCAGGUGGUAUCAGCUACGAGUAUUCAACCAAAGCAACGGUGGUGAAAGAAUGUGAUGAGGAAGCGAGCAUACCAACCUCGAUUGCAGAAACCGCUACCAAUGUCGGCAUGAUCUCAUACUAUACAUAUACCGAAUAUGGACUUCAACCUGAGACCCAGUACAUUUUCGAUCUUUGUUUACCCAAUGAUUUUACACCUACACCCAAGGAUGGCGAAGUCGAUUGUUUCUACUUGUGGGAUAUGGAUCAAGUGAAAAAGACGAUUUUGAAUGGAGAAUGGAAGCCCAACUGUGCUCUUGUGGCCAUUGAUUUCAUGAUCCGGCAUGGUAUCAUCACAGCCGACAAUGAACCCAACUUUAUCGACAUCAGCACACGCCUUCAUCGAAGACUCGAGUUUCCCAAUCCACAAAAGACCUAUUGCUAG